AACAACGAGGCGGGCAUAAACAUCAAUGCAUAACUCGGAUCACAUCCGUAUCUGGACGGACAAACUGCAAAAGCUAUCGCUCUGAUCCGAUUACGUUAUGGAAGAAGAGAGUAUGGCCGAAUACGGCCGCCCUGCAAAACGACCUCGGGUCUUGGUUGCAUGUCAGAGAUGCAAGAGCCGACGACAAAAGUGCGACAACACGAGCCCAGCCUGCUCGAAUUGUGACAAGGCAAAGGUGCCGUGCAUAUACAGUAACCAAGCCUACCCAUCGUCCUAUGUCAAGAGGCUGGAAGAGCGAGUUCGCCAAUUGGAGGCAAAUCUCGUGAUGGACGAGUCUUCUCCAAAUCAGGUAACCAGCACUGAGGAUCUUCGCGAAAGACGAGUAGAAAAUUUGCCAACAACCGCUCGGUCCGAAAGCCCUGCACCAGGUCGUUCACGAGAAAUUACUGAGGUGACCUCUGGAGCAGAGCGUUCUGGUCAACUUGCGCUGGGUCUGGGGGUCCUAUCCUCGUGCGCAGGGGCUGAACCGCAUUACUUUGGCUUCUCAGCUGGUCUAAGCCUUGCACAUUUUGUUCAGGUUGCUAUUGAUUCAGGGGAAAACCCCGUGGACGUGUCUCUACCUCAGCUCGCAGACAGACCCUUCUCGCACCAAGUGCCAAAAGCCAACAUCACAUUGGCCGAACCUCCCAAAUACAAUGCAGGGUCGAGCUAUAUACGGGCUUAUCUGGCACUCGUGCAUCCCUUGUAUCCGUUCUUGAACUUGGAAAGGUUGUGGCAAUUGCAUCGCUCUAUCACCAAACGACGAGAUGGGCAAGAAUCUCUUAGUACAGAGCAUAUUGACUUGGCAAUAAUGCAUUUAGUAUACGCCAUUGGUUCUAGGUGCCUUCAGCUGCUUCAAAGGUUCAGCAUUUCGAGUACAGUUCCUGAAGGACAUUUUCUUCGAGCAAUGGAGCAUAUUCGCCAAGACCUCAAGUUUACGAGCACCAAGUCCAUCGAGGUGACGUUACUUCUUGCGAUCCAUUCAAUGCGCUCUCCUUACGGUACGAGUGUAUGGCAUCUUGCGGGCCUAGCUAUUCGUCAAUGUCUCGAACUUGGACUCCACAAACAACGCCACGUAGAUCGCCAAAAUAUGGAAGUGGACCACUAUCGGAAGAGAUUAUUUUGGAGUGCCUAUAUUUUCGAGAGGAAAACAGCUCUAGUUCUAGGUCGGCCAUUUGCUCUCUCAGACGAAGAAAUUGACCUUUCUUUGCCGGCGGCUAUGGACCAUGGUGAUCAAGCCACCACUCCAGAUCAAAUGCCACAACAUAGCCUGGACCAUGGUUCAGAGUAUAAAGCUGCCCUCAGUUUUCACCGGCAACAUAUACAGCUGUACCAAAUCCACAGCGAGAUUCGUCUGGCCCUGUCACGAAUAAAGAAAACUCCAGCAAAGGAGGGCCUGCGAACAACAACAUCCAAAUUGCUUCAACAACUGGACCAGUGGAAAAAGCAAGUUCUAGCGACGUUCAGUGAAGACGCUUCCAAGGGGUCUGAUGGUUCGAGAAGGCUUACGGACCUCUUACGCGAACAGGAUAAUGCUGACAGCGAAGAGUCGUCGUCUUCAGAAACUUCCCAAGACCAAGGAUUUCUCAAAAGGUCUGUCGAGAUGGAAAAGACUGAGCUUUUACUAGAAUAUCACAAAGCCCGAAGGUCAUUACUUCAACCAUUAAUGACCGAGAACUGUCACAAUUACCCAUUUGAGACAACCGACUACACGGCAUGCGCCGAGUCAUCUGGACAAAUAUGCCGGCUCUACAGGCGCCUCCAUCGUCUGUCACCGAUUCCAUUCUCACUAAGAGAUCUGCACGCAGUUUUCCUUGCUGGCUUCACGUUAAUUUACUGUAUUCGCAUGUGUCCCUCUAUCUAUUCGGUGGAGCGCAUCGGCGACGUCGGGGCCUGUUCCACUGUCUUAUAUGUCAUCACAGAACAGUGGUCAAGCGCAAAGAAAUACCGUGACGUCUUCGAGACGAUUUCAGAGAAAAUUCUAGACGCAGUGAAAGGGCAGCACCUGGGAAAUCACAGUGCUGAACGCUUGUCAAGCCGAGAGACACAUGGCGCGACAGCGAUUAACGGACCGAGACCGAGAGAAUCCCGCAUGCCACACGUACUUGACGGUAAUUUCAAUAUCACAUCAAACUAUGGGGAGAGGAAUGAGUACCACGCUAGGAGAGAGUCUGUGGAGGGUUGUGAGACUCGGAGACGCGUCCCUGAUGAAAUACCUGCGCAGUCCUCGUUGGGGUUGACGCAACCAACGUACUUACUCCUCGAUGGGGAUCGAUUUACUGAUGCUACAAAUUUUGUCCCUCAUUUCCGUCAAAGCAUAGACUUGGACUUGGAUCACGAUAUUGAGAAACUUCUCUCGAGUGAGGGACUAGAGUGGUUUACUGGUGCCGUUCUGUAGAGAUGGGCAAGUCGGAGUUGUCAUCUGUUAUGAGGCCAGAUUGUUCACUCAAGUUUCUGAAGAUUUAUCAUAAUAAAAAUGCACUGCCAAACCAUGCCAAG